GUUUGUUAUAGCAGAAAAUACGUGUGCACAGCGUGGAAAGCGUCGAGUAAAGCAAACGACCCGAGCGCUACUCAUUUAACUAUUCGGCCUUGCCUCGGCUGAAUACAACGCAUAUUGUAAUAUGAUUCUGUUUAAAUCUAAAACUUCAAAGCAUAAUUACACACACAACAUACUGGAAGUAAUUAUUUAGAUGGUGAUUAUUUCAAGCAGUGUUAUAUCCAACGUGACAACAAGUCUUAUCUCAAGUGCGGGUGUAUAUCUCUGAUUGCAAAGUGUUUAGAGUGCAUAAAAGCACGGCACCGCACUGUGUUGUUUAUUGGCCAAUUGCCAACAAGUGUGACCGAGUUUCGUCGCUGAUUCACAAUGGGAAAAAUGCAAUAUUAUAUGGACAAGACGCCAUCCGGCAAGUUCCAGUUUGCGAUCGACCGCGGAGGAACUUUCACCGAUGUCUUCGCACGUUGUCCCGAUGGAAAGAUUGUGGUACACAAACUACUCUCCGAAUAUCCUUCGCACUAUAAAGAUGCGCCAACUGAAGGCAUUCGCCGAAUUUUGGAACAGGAAACUGGUCAAGCUGUUGGUAGUGAUGGACUUGUGGAUAGUUCUCAAAUUGAAUGGGUCCGUAUGGGUACCACUGUAGCCACGAAUGCGCUUUUAGAGCGCAAGGGUGAAUCAAUGGCGUUUAUUACUAAUUUGAACUUUAGGGAUGUUUUGUUUAUUGGAAAUCAAGCAAGACCAAAUAUUUUUGACUUGGAAAUUCAAAGACCUGAAUUGCUUUACAAAGCAGUUGUAGAAGCUGAUUGUCGUAUUAUACCAGAACAAUCAGAUAUAUGCAAACUUGAUUCGUUGAUAGAAAAUUGUAAGCGUGUAAAGGGUAAUACUGGAGAGACAUUUGUGGUUUUGAAAGAAUUGGAUGAAAAUAAACUACGAAAAGAUUUAGAAAAACUGCGUGAAAGUGGGAUCAACAGUGUGGCGGUUGCAUUAGCGCAUAGUUAUGCUGUUGCUGAGCAUGAAUUGCGUAUUGGUGAAAUAGCAACUGAAAUUGGUUUUGAACAUGUUUCAUUGUCACAUGACAUAAUGCCAAUGGUACGAUUAGUACCUAGAGGGUUUACGGCAUGUGCUGAUGCAUACCUCACCCCGCAUAUUAAAAAAUAUCUGAAAGGAUUUACAGGUGGUUUUAAAAACGAAUUAGAAGGUACGAAUGUUUUGUUCAUGCAAAGCGACGGAGGAUUGACACCGAUGAAGAGUUUCAAUGGUUCCAGAGCGGUUUUGUCUGGUCCUGCGGGUGGUGUCGUAGGAUAUGCUUUGACAACAUGGAAGAAAGAAACGGAACUUCCUGUGAUAGGUUUUGAUAUGGGUGGUACCUCUACUGAUGUUUCUAGAUUUGAUGGUCAUUAUGAACAGGUCUAUGAAUCUACAACAGCUGGGGUUACUAUACAAGCACCUCAAUUAGAUGUUAACACUGUUGCAGCCGGUGGUGGAUCAAUGUUGUUCUACAGGUCUGGGUUGUAUGUAGUGGGUCCUGAAUCAGCCGGUGCUCACCCAGGCCCAGCAUGUUAUGGAAAAAAUGGGGCUUUAGCCAUUACAGAUGCAAAUUUAAUUCUUGGUCGGUUGCUACCCGAUUUUUUCCCGAAAAUAUUUGGAGAAAAUGAAGACCAGCCUUUGGAUGUAAGCGCAACUAAAGCUAAAUUUGAAAAAUUAACAGCAGACAUAAACAAAGAGCAAAACUCAAAUCUCAGCGUUGAAGAAGUAGCGUUAGGUUUCAUUACAGUUGCAAAUGAAACAAUGUGUCGACCUAUUCGAGCCUUAACACAGGCUAAGGGACAUGAUACUUCUCGUCAUGCCUUGGCUUGUUUUGGCGGAGCAGGUGGUCAACAUGCCUGUGCUAUUGCCAAAUCCUUAGGAAUGAAAACUGUUCUCAUUCAUAAAUACGCAGGUAUUCUUUCGGCAUUUGGAAUUGCCCUGGCUGAUGUAGUGAGUGAAAAACAAGAACCCUGCGCAAAGGAAUACACAGAGAAAGAGUUUGCUUUCCUUGAAGAGCGCCUAGAUAAAUUAGAAGAAGACUCUCGUAACGAGCUUAAAAAGCAGGGUUUUAAAGAUGAACAAAUUCAACUUGAACAUUAUUUGCAUUUGCGUUAUAAUGGAACAGAUUUUGGUUUAAUGUGUCAAGCAAACUCAGAAAAACCUGGCACCAAAUUUGGAGAUUUUAUGGAUGUUUUCUUAAACCGCUAUAAAACUGAGUUUGGUUUUACGUUAGAUAAGCGAGAAGUGUUGGUUGAUGACAUUCGAGUUCGCGGUAUUGGUAAAAGCAUAAUGGCAGAAGAAACUGCAAUACAAGAAAGCAAAGAGCCCCCUGUAGUAAAACAUACACAUCAAGUAUAUUUUGAUGGAGGUUAUCAAAAAACGAAUGUUUAUAUACUAGACGAAUUAUUAGCAGGACAAUUAGUGGUCGGGCCAGCCAUUAUCAUGAAUGAUUUAAGCACCAUUGUUGUUUUACCAGAUUGCACAGCAGAAAUUACCAAAAAUGGCGAUGUCAAAAUUUAUAUUGGCGAUGGUACCCACAAAAAAAUUGGCACCGAAUUGGAUAAUAUUCAGCUUAGUAUCUUUGGACAUAGAUUUAUGAGUAUAGCUGAACAAAUGGGGAGAGUUUUGCAGCGAACCUCACUAUCAACUAACAUUAAGGAACGUCUUGAUUUUUCUUGCGCGUUAUUUGGCGAUGAUGGUGGACUCGUUUCUAACGCUCCUCAUAUACCAGUACACUUGGGAUCAAUGCAAGAAGCAGUACAAUUUCAAUUGAGAACUCGUAAAAACAUUUCUGAAGGAGAUGUGAUUCUAACAAAUCAUCCAAAGGCAGGAGGUGCUCAUUUACCAGAUUUUACUGUUGUUACUCCUGUAUUCCAUAAAGACAAAUCCAAACCAAUCUUUUUCGUUGCAAGCCGUGGUCAUCAUGCGGAUAUUGGUGGAAUAACACCUGGUUCAAUGCCACCACAUUCCAAAUCCUUAGCGGACGAAGGUGCUGCUUUUAUAAGCUUCCUCCUGGUUAAACAAAAUGUAUUCCAAGAAGAAGCGUUUUUGGAUGUGUUAAGGAAAGCAGGUGGUCGCAAUUUGAGUGAUAAUUUAAGUGAUGUACGUGCUCAAGUAGCAGCUAAUCACAAAGGCAUACAACUCGUUGGAGAAUUGAUCGAUGUGUAUGGAUUAGAUGUUGUUCAAGCCUACAUGUCACAUAUUCAAGCAAACGCUGAACUAGCUGUUAGAGAUAUGCUCAGAACUGUUGCCAAACAGACUUAUGAAAAGUAUGGUACCAAUGUACUGUGUGCACAAGAUAUGAUGGAUGAUGGAUCACCAAUAUGUUUAAAAGUCACAUUGAAUGAAGAAGAAGGUAGUGCUGUUUGUGAUUUCACUGGCACAGGAGUAGAAGUACAUGGUAAUUGCAAUGCACCAAAGGCAAUCACUUUGUCAGCACUGAUUUACUGUCUAAGAUGUAUGGUUGGUCAUGACGUACCAUUGAAUCAGGGGUGUUUAGCUCCUAUUAAAGUCAUUGUACCAGAACAAUCCAUGUUAGACCCAAGUGAGGGAGCAGCAGUAGUAGGGGGUAAUGUAACCACGUCUCAACGUGUUGUCGAUGUGAUUUUGAAAGCAUUUGGAGCUGUGGCCGCAUCACAGGGAUGUAUGAACAACGUAACAUUUGGUAAUGAAAAGUUUGGAAACUACGAAACAGUGGCUGGUGGUAGUGGGGCGGGUCCAACAUGGCAUGGAAUGUCUGGUGUACACACUCACAUGACCAACACGAGAAUAACAGAUAUCGAAAUUAUUGAACGCAGAUACCCUGUAUUCGUACGAAAAUUCAUGUUACGCCCAAAUAGUGGUGGUAAAGGCCAAUUUAAUGGAGGUGAUGGAGUUGUCAGGGAGAUAUGCUUCCGUGCACCAAUCACCCUUUCAAUCUUGAGUGAACGUCGUGUAACAGUUCCAUAUGGAUUAAAUGGAGGAGAACCUGGUCAACGAGGGCUAAAUUUAGUUGAACGUGUAGAUGGGCGGAUAAUUAAUCUUGGACCAAAGAAUACCAUUGAAAUGGGCCCAGGGGAUGUAUUUUCACUUAAUACACCCGGAGGAGGAGGCUAUGGCUCAAAAACCGAUGAAGCAACAAGCAAAGAUGCACAAACAAAGAAACCAAUGUUAGUUGUGCGUGGUAGUUUAGAAAACUACAAAGCGUCACAAGAAGGCGUUUAAAACGUCACUCAGGCACAAUUGUGACGUUUCAACUCGUUUGUACGUGAUUUGAGCUCAAAAUAAAUAUACCUCGUUAUACAA